UUAUGUUUUAAAUUCUUCUUAGGUAUGAGUCACAAAGGGAUAAUCUGUCUCAGCAAUCUUUUAAUAUGGAGCAAGCAAAUUUUGCUACUCAGCAGUUAAAAGAUACAAAAGUUACUAUUGAUGCAAUGAAAAUGGGAGUGAAAGAAAUGAAAAGAGAAUACAAGAAAGUAAAUAUUGAUGAUAUCGAGAAUGUCCAAGAUGAGUUAGAAGAUAUGCUUGAUCAAGCGAAUGAAGUGCAGGAAGCCCUUGGCAGGAGCUAUGGAAUGCCAGAAGUGGACGAUGAUGAACUUGAAGCUGAAUUGGAUGCUUUAGGUGAUGAAAUUGCCCUGGAUGAAGAUACUUCGUAUUUAGACGAUGCAGUGAAAUCUCCUACAGUGCCAUCUAAGGAACCAGGAGCUGACAGCAUUCCAGCAGAGGGUGUUCUUGUGGAUGAAUUUGGUCUACCAAAAAUUCCAGCAAGUUAAUGUGAUGAGCUUUCCACUGUCUAACUCCUGUGUUUUUGGAUAUGUAAAUUAGAAUGAUUUACAAAAUGUAUCACUCUGUAUGUUACUAUCUUUUUAAUGUAAAUAUAAGUUUCCAAUGUCAUUGGCUUGAGAAUUGUUUUCUUGUAAUAUCAGCUGAUGAAGUGUAGAUAUAAAGACAAAGCCUUUUUUUCAAUUUUAUUUUUGAGGACCUUUUAUUCUGAUUACAAACACAAAAUUAUUUUGUAUUUGAGAAUUAUUCACAAUCUUAACUAAUAAAUAAAUAAAAUCAUUAU